AGGAGGAGGAGGAGGAGCCGCGGAGCAGCGCUGUCACUACACCAGCGGCUCCGCGUCCUGUGCGCUCCUUCACAAAUAGAUGCGCAGACUGCGGGAAAAACCACAACGAGCCAGACCCGGUUCCGCUCCUCCUGCUCCUCCUGCUCCUCCUCUCUCCUCCUCAGCGGGACAUCGCAAAACACACCGUCCACGAUCAUGUUGUUUCUUCACAAGACUUAUUAUCGCCUUACUGGGUCGCAGCUGAGUGAAAGAGAAAGUCCACACCGGAUCUGAACCCUGUGCGCACUUGUCUUGAUUUUUAUUUUUUUGUUUUUCAGAACCACCGCGGAUUAAAUCUUUGCAACUUUAUUUUUUAUAUAAAUGUUUUCUUUCUUUACUUCCUCCCAUAUUUUGGAUUAUUCGUGCGUCAGAGGAGAUAUGCUGGUUUUAUUUGUGGUCAGUCUGGCCGCGCUGUCACAUGCAGGUUUGUCGGCGGAGGUGUUUCGCGCAGGUGUGGCGCCGCGCUGCGAGAGCCGGGCCUGCAACCCCCGCAUGGGCAACCUGGCCCUGGGCCGCCGGGUGCUGACGCAGACCGUCUGCGGCAACAACGGCACCGAGCUCUACUGCUCCUACUCCAACCCGAGCGGCAACCCGGCCUGCGGCGCCGCCAAGUGCGCCAAGUGCAACGCCGCCCUGCCCCUCCUCUCCCACCUGGCGGGCGCCAUGUCCGACUCCUCCUUCCGCCACCCGAACACCUGGUGGCAGUCGGCGGAGGGCGCGGAGUCCGAGACGGUGCAGCUGGACCUGGAGACGGAGUUCUACUUCACGCACCUCAUCCUGGUGUUCCGCUCGCCGCGGCCCGCCGCCAUGACCCUGGAGCGCUCGCAGGACUUCGGCCGCACGUGGAGGACGCUGCAGUACUACGCCGGCAACUGCAGCGCCGCCUUCGGGAUGGAGGAGGAGGGGAAGGAGGGCGCGGGCCGCGACGAGGCCGCCUGCACGUCCAAGUACUCGAGCUCUCACCCCUGCAGCCGUGGAGAGGUGAUCUACCGAACCCUCCCAAAGUGGGAGUCCCUGGAUCCGUUUGGGAUGGAGGGCCAGCAGCAGCUGAGGGUGACCAACAUCCGAGUCCGGCUGCUGAAGCGCCAGGCGUGUCCUUGCCAGGCCAAAGACGUCACCGCCACCGAACCCCUUCCCACUCGACACUUUGCCAUCUACGACCUGAUAGUGAAGGGAAGCUGCUUCUGUAACGGCCACGCUGAGCAGUGUGUUCCUGCACCAGGAUACCAGCCCAUCAGAGACCGGACCAACCACGUGGUCCAUGGGAAGUGUGUGUGCAGACACAACACUGCAGGUGAUCACUGCGAGCGCUGCGCUGCGCUCUACAACGACCGGCCGUGGCAGCCGGCCGACGGACUCACGGGGGCGCCGCACGAAUGUCGGAAGUGUAAGUGUAACGGACACGCUCACAGCUGCCGGUUCGACUGGACGGCGUGGCGCGAGUCCGGCCAACGCAGCGGGGGCGUGUGCGACUGUCUGCACAACACGGACGGCCGCCAGUGUGAGAAAUGCAAGGCCGGCUUCUACAGGGACCCCCAGCGACCCCAGGCGGCGCCCGACUCCUGCAAACCAUGCAGCUGCCACCCCCUGGGCUCCAUGCCGUUCCACGUGGCUGACGGCUCGCUCUGCGACCCCUCCAACGGGAACUGCAUCUGCAAACCUGGCGUAGGCGGAGCCGACUGCGACAGGUGCAUGGUGGGAUACUGGGGCUUCCACGAAUACGGCUGCCGUCCGUGCGACUGCGCAGGAGACUGCGAUCCGUUCACUGGAGACUGCAUGUUCGGCUCUGAUCUGGACCUUUACAACUUGGAGGGAAACUCCAGCGAGUCGGUGAGGAUCUUCAGAGUAGACGAACUCUUCUCUGCUCUCCACUACUCAGAGAAGUGCGAGUGCAAAGAGCAGGCCCUGACCAACAGUAAACUCUUCUGCACCAUGAAUUAUGCAUACGUGCUGAAGGUGAAAGUGCUGUCGGCCCACGACAAAGGCUCCCACGCCGAAGUGGAGGUCAAAGUUCAGAAGGUGAUCAGUCAAAACACCAAGCUGAAGAUACCGCGAGGUCGCGUCACCCUUUACCCCGAGUCCUGGACGGCACGGGGCUGCACCUGCCCCAUCCUCAACCCAGGGUUAGAGUACCUGGUGGCCGGACAUGCGGACCGGAAGCAGGGCCGACUCCUGGUCAACAUGAAGAGCUUCGUGAAACCCUGGAAGGCCAGCCUGGGCCGCAAAGUCCUCACGCUGCUCAAGAAAGACUGCAACUGGUAGACGGCAUCUGAAAAACACCAGAGGGACAGACAUGACUAUUUUGUUUUUUUGUUUUUGUUUUUUUUUUUUUUUUUAAAAAAAGCCGUGGAUUUGCGUUUUCCUCUCCUCCUGCGUGUGGAUUCUUAGGAGACUUUUUAAGGGGACGACUGAACCGCCUCCAGAGAGAGCACAAAGCUAAAAGCGGUGGACGGCACAAGCUAAAAGCGCACGAAAAGGACGAAAUUUUGCAAAGACUUAUCUCAAGAAAUUGAGGCAUUGAAGCGCGACGUCGUCCGAGAUCUCUCUCUGUCCCUUUAACACACACACACAAAUAUCACGCUCUCCUCCUCUGCAGCACUUUAGCCUAAGAUGGACUGAUUGAAUAUGGAGGAUUUGAACACACACACACACACACACACACACACGUGAUCCGUUAAUAUGGACUGUGAUGGAGCGUGUCCACACACACAGAUGUAGCCGUGAGUGUGUGUGUGUCUGUGUGUGUGCUGCAGACACAGUGUGCAAGGAGUGACGCUGAACAAGCCAUACAAGCCACUACAGGUGGUUAUAUCUUAGCCAGUCCAGGUGUGCCUGUGUUGAAAUCAGAGUGAAUGGGUUUUACCCCGAACGUGAAUGUAUUUGCCUGACUUGUUUUUGUGUGCGUGCGUGUGUGCGUGAGAUGCAGAGAGAGUGGUUGAAUGAGCACAGUCCAGAUUCAGUCCAGCUCAAAAGUUUCUCUGUGUACUUACAAAAAAGAAAGAAAGAAAAAUACACCACAACAACCGGCCCAUUGAUAAUGACGUACGUUAUGUGUUUUUGAUUCAUCUCAUAUUUACACUCCAUUGCUGAAUUCUCUGAAAACGUAUUCCUUCCUUUGUGCUCUUGUACAGUAUUAUUUGUAUAUAUCUAUAUAAAUAUUAUUUCUCAUCUUUCCCCCUCUGUUUGAUUGUUUUUGUACAUGAUAAUAUUAAAGGAUAACUCCAGCUCAUUAUAA